AGCGUGAUGCCAUGCUUCAUCUCCGAUGUGACUCAAAGAGAAUUUCAUCUUUAACAUGGAUGCCAAAUGGAAAAGUGACUGGAGAACUAUACUGUCAUUUCAGACUGAACCGAUUUGAUGCGUUCUGAUCAGCUUUUUUUUUUCUUUUUUCUGCGGGGCUUUAACACAUGAUCUCUAUUUUCAUCAUGCUCCAAAAGGACUUGUGCAACAAAUUGUCCUCAUGGUCCGGGGAAGGCGCUGUAAUUGGACAUGUUGUGUGUCUUAUUAUCUUAUUUUAACACUCCACCACAGGACUUGUUCAGACGUAAUUGUAUAUCAAGUCACAGCACCAUGGAUUAUCUCCAAAAGAAGAAUCUCAGUUUUAUUACCAUUGGACUAAUAUUUAUGCUCAGCGGCAUAGAAUAUGCUGUCAUUUUGCCUACAAUAUGGCGAUAUCUCCAGAUCCUAGAGGCGCCUCCAUAUUUCUUGGGUCUGGGUUUGUCUGCUUUCAGUCUAAGCGGGCUGCUCACCGGACCACUAUUUGGCUGCUGGUCAGAUCGCAGCGGAAGCACCAAGCCCAUUAUUCUUUUCUCCAAUCUUUUUGAGAUUGCUGGUAACUUCAUGUAUUUUAUCGGCUAUUCAAAGUGGCUGUUAGUAGGCAGUCGCCUUGUGACAGGUGUCGGCGCAGGAGCGGGAUCCUCCAUCUUCGGUUUCCUGACUCAGUGCACUCGGCCAGAGGAACGAGCUGGUAUCUUUGCAGCCAUCAUGGCCUGUCGACAAGCAGGCCUACUUGUGGGGCCGGCGUUCAACCUGUUUCUGCGGCUGUGUAAUUUCAAACUUGGACCCUUUGUUGUCAACAAGUUUACAUCUCCGGGGAUCUUCAUGUGCUUGCUAUGGUUGCUGCUCCAAUUUGUGGUCCUCGCAAUGUACUGGGACUUAGCGGCUAUUGACACCUCAGAGGGAGCCAUACCGAUGAUGGAGCUGCAACUGGAGGAAGACGAGGACGAUGAAGACGAGCCGCUGAUCAGCUCGGAUGGUGUGCAGGUGCACACUUACAAAGCUGUCGCCUCCACGCAAUUGGAGAUGUCAGCUGAAAUGCAAGCUCUCCACGAGGCCUCAUUGUCUGGACCCCAAGCAUUCGAUAGCUUCAGCAUUAGUGCAGUCUUUCACUCCUUAGAGUUCCUGAGGGAGGAGGUGAUUGUUCUUCUCACAGCUCAGUUCAUCACUCUCUUCAAUCAGACUGCGCUGGAGACCAUGGUGACUCCUCUGACGCAGCGCUACUUUGGCUUUGACGAGUUGGGCAACAGUGUGAUGUACAGCUUGUGUGGAGUGGAAGUCAUCCUGGGCUUCCUCUUUGUUCGCUGGCUGAGCGGGAAGGUGGCUGAUCGUGCAGUGCUGGCUGUGGGCCUGCUCAUCUGUUGCACCGCCUGUAUUUGGUGCCUCGUGUUCCUCUGCAACCUCCGAGGUAGCUACGAGUGGAAGCUGUCAGCCUUCAUUAUUGGCGUAUUCCUGCAGCUGCUGGGGCUCCCGUUCGUGGCCGUGUCUCAGGUGUCUCUCUUCUCCAAAGUGACAGCGGAGAAAACACAAGGAUUCAGCCAAGGUAUAAGACGAUCAGUCGGGGGCCUUGCCACCAUCAUGGGUCCUUUGUGGGCCGGAGGAUUGAUCAAUCAUUUAUACAUCAUGAUCGGUAUGAUGUUGGGUCUCCUUUUAAUGGUCACGGUUAUGACGGCGUUGUCGUACGGCAGUCUGACUCAGCGCAGAGUUGUGCAGUGUGCACGGAGCUCUGACAGUGGAGGAUAGACACAAAGAGUGGGAGCGGCUACACGCAGAGGGAAGGCCCUUCAUCUCUGAGAGGAUCAAUGCAGGUGGAUUGAAGAGGAGAAGCUGAACUGAGCCUCAAAAAAAAUCACUGGUGGGAAGUAACAAAGAUUUUGUUACUGUACUUAAAUGUAUUUUUCAGGUGUCUUUUCUUGAGUACACUACAAUGUGACAGCUUUGUAUUUUCUACUCCUUACUAUGUCAAAAUAGGACUUUAUGUUUUUCAAUGUGUUGUAUCUUGUGCCAGCCUUUAUUAAAACGAUAUAUCUUA